AGAUAAACUUAUGGUUUUUUGACACGGUUCUUUGUCUUCAAUAUUCAAUCAAUUAUUCACGAGACAUUUUGUUUAUGUAUUUAGUAACAAUAUUAGAAAAAUUAUAGGAAGUAUGCUAGCUAAAUCAAAAAGAACUGAAGAAUCUCUUGAAACAAUACUAACAUUUGAUAAUAGAGAUGCGCAGAGCCAGUGGUCAGUGGUAUGGUCGACGACACAAAUCCCGGGCAUGGACAACGCCACGGGUGGACGGCCGCAGAGACGCGUGGUGGGUCGCCGACGCCUGCGCCUCGGCUCGCUCGCCCUUGGCACAUUGCUGGCCAUGCACUGCAGAGUUACAGCAUCCGCACUCACUGGCGGGUUUUUCCUUUUCAUGAUGUUCCUAAUACUGGCUGUGAUAGCACUCGCAAAUCCAUUACGGCAUUUUGAAGUAUACUUAGGUCAGUGGAGUAUAAGCGGGCCGGGACGUGCUUUCCGAAUCAUACCUAUGCUUGAUGGUAUUGGAUUAGCAAUAUGCAUAAAUGCAAUAGUCCGCGCAAUCACUUCUGGCACAGUGGCCGCCAUAGCCGCGAUGUAUGUAAUUCAUUCGGUGUCUGAUGCUAGACUGCCCUUCACAUAUUGUCGAGAUUUUGAAUUGAAAGCAUAUGAACCGCUAUGGAAGGAACUCUCAGCCACGAUGUUACAAAAGACCAGAUUUUCAUUAGAAACUGGUGUAUUAGAAGGCAGCGGCGAACAAAGAUUUUCCUCAAUCGGGACAACCGUCGGACUUUAUGACGGAGCAUGGCGAAAUUUAUCCUACAUAAGGUACAAUUUACAGGAUGAAACAAAUGUAUCAAAAAAGAAGCUACGUAAAAUAGCUGUGUGCGAGGAGCUUUACAGAGGAGAUUACCCACCUCUAUAUAGUACUCCAGCAUAUAAUUUUUUCUACGUGGAAGUUGUCCAUUUACGUUCAGACUUAAGUCUAGGACAAUUUAAUAUGACCUUGGUGGCUUGUCUCAUCCUAACCUGGCUUAUGUUGUGGGGUUUUUUGGUCAUUGAGCGAAUUUUACAUGGCAGGUUGAUUUGGAACAAUAUUAAAUCGUGGUUCGUCGUGGUACCUUGGAUUUGGGUAGUGUUAUUAGUCGCGGUAGCAGCUUCCAACUUUGCAUCCUUACAUAAAGCAUUGCGUAAAGCAUUUAAAAUUGGUGCAAAAGAAAUAAUAGCGGGUUUAGCUGACGCUUUAGAAGUUGCACUUUAUAUCCAUUCAGCAAGCGUGGGCACAGAAAUAUUACACGGAAAAGGACUGAACCAUUUUGCAUCGGGUCACAUAGACCCUCAUUUGCAUAGUGAAAAUGUGUGGCACUCAGGCUUAGUAUUGUUGCUCACGGCUUUACAUUCAGGGGGUGCCGCCAUGUGUGCACUUGUGGACUACAUACAGCCGAGCUCCCAGGGAUUAAUCAACAUGCGUGAAAGUGUUUUGUGGAUCAUACCGAUGUACUCCAAAUGCACGUCGACUGGCAACUAUUCGCAUCUUGUCACCACGUUAAUAUUCGGCGGGUUGAUGUUUUCGUACAUGACGGUGGCGUUUGCUUUGCUUAAGACAGCAAUUCACACGAUAUUUGAAUACAGAGUAAAACUUGUUUUCGUCGAACAAAUAGUUGUCGGCGGUUUAAUAUUGACCUGUAUGAUGUUAAGUUUUCUGUUCGCCACUAACGGUGGCGUGGCGUUACUGGAAAGUGUGGACGCUGUUAUGAGCGGCUCAGCGAUGCCGUUCGUCUGUUUGUUAGAGUUGGUCGGAAUGCUGUAUGUAUACCGGAGCCACGACUUUAUCUCCGACCUGAAUCUGGCCACGGAAGAGAACACGUGCUCAACUCGCAUCAGCAUGCAAUGGCAGAUUAUACCUAUUAUUACUUUGGCUACGCUCAUAAUAAAAAUAGCACUUCUAUUAGAUGCAGAGAUGCCAGCUACCUUCAUGUAUUUGGCAAUUGCCCCUCUAGUAGGCGUAGCAAUGGCUGUCCCAUUACGAGCUUGCCACAACGCGUAUGUAUUCCUACGGCCAACACCACGCCGCGGAACCUGAGAGUUGUAUAAUAUGUACAAAUAUGUUAUAUGGCCGAUCAGUAUUUCUCCAAAAAUGUAUGAUUAAUGUUGUUUAUACCCCUACUUCCUCGUGUUUGUGAAAAUUGUUUAGUUAAAUUCAAUUGUGAAGUAAAUAUUUUUAAAAUGUUUUUCAUGAAUAAAUUAUCACAAUAUUA